CAAGUUUCAUAGUCUCUGUCCACCCGUACAAAACCCCGAAUAGAUUAUAGCUGUCAAAGCACCUAUUCGGAAUCAUCAAUUAUGUUUGGUCAUUUUGCCUUUUCUCUUUGUAACACUUUUGUAUAUUACAAAGAAAAAACUGUGUGUAAUAUGCAAAACGGGUGAUCUACAAAGGCAAGAUGAAAAGUUGCGUCUAUUCUAGUCAGGGAACCCCCCAAUGAAUCAAUUUGAGUAUAUAAACACGGACGUUGUCUUUUCUGAAAUAUAAAAGAAGGGUAAUAAAAACGCAUAAAUUUUGAAAUAUAGAUGAAUCUGGGAUUCUGAGUGGUAAAGGAGCACAAGGGAAGAAGCAUUUCUCACAACUGGGUUGGGUUGAUCAUUCAGAAGAACUGGCAGAUUGUACGCUUCUUUUGAUGUGCCCCCAUUGUGAUGAAUUCUCUCGUGAUGGCUGCAGAAAAGCUGGACCAAUCAUAGAGGAAAAGAAGAACAAUGGUGGACGUUGCUUAAAUUUUCCAAGGGCCUUUCCCCAGAUAUCAACUGUUAGUAUGAUGCCCGAAAGUUCAAAAUCUAAUGUAGUAUAUAGGAGAAAGAAACUGCGAGGCAAUUCUGAUUCCAGGUUGUUGGCUAAUGGGACAGAUUGUAUAUCUUUGACUAGUUGUGAUGGUCAUUUGGGAGAAGACAAGGAGCAAGCUGCAGCUUCUCAACAUAACCACAAGAAUGAAAUCAUUGGAAAUCCUGUCCCUCCUUUUCCUGUUUACAAUGGAAAAACUCAAGUUUCAGAACUAGAAUCAGUCAAUGGUUGUAUCUUUGGGGAAGGGCAUGGUUCAGACGAAACACCUAAUAAUAACCUGCAAAAAAGUUUGGAGGUUGACAGCAUUAAUGAUAGCUGCUCCUCAUCUAAGUCAAACAUGGAACUUGUUUCAACUUCUGUGAAAGUUGAAGUGGAUGACACAGGUGAGUGCUCCUCUUCUAGCAUUCAAGUUAUGGAGGAUAUGGUCGAGGAUAUUUCAGGAAGAGAUCUAUGUAUCGUUAUCCUUAGAAGUAAUGGGCUCUUGUCUUCUAUGGCUCAUGCUCCUGAGGAAGAAAGUGAUUUUAGAAGCGACAAUAAUUGUUUUCGAUUGUGUAAAACUUGUGGCUCUUCAGAAUCAGUCUUGAAGAUGUUAAUCUGUGAUCAUUGUGAAGAUGCAUUUCAUGUCUCAUGUUGCAAUCAUCGCAUGAAGAAAGUGUCGAAUGAUGAGUGGUAUUGCAAUUCAUGUCUGAAGAAGAAGCAUAAAAUUUUGAAGGAAACAAUCUCAAAGAAAUUGGCAAACAUCUCGAGUAGAAAUGGAUCUUCUAAGGGUGAAUCAAAUUCCAUAGCAUUAAUGUUAAAGGACACAGAACCUUAUACAACUGGUGUUCGUAUUGGCAAAGGUUUUCAAGCAGAAGUUCCAGAUUGGUCUGGCCCGAUUUCAGAUGAUACUGAUGCCACCGGAGAGCCAUUGGAAGUGGAUCCUUCAGAAUCUUUUCUUAUGCAUGAGGAGAGUACCAAUAAACCUUGUAGAUUGAGCACUAUUGGAAAUUGGCUUCAAUGUCAACAAGUUAUAGAUGGACUGGGUGGUGUUAAUGGAGCCAUAUGUGGCAAGUGGCGCAGGGCUCCUCUUUUCGAAGUCCAAACUGAUGACUGGGAAUGCUUCUGCUCUAUCCUCUGGGAUCCGGCACAUGCAGAUUGUGCUGUACCUCAGGAAUUGGAGACGGGUCAAGUUUUAAAGCAGUUGAAGUACAUUGAGAUGUUGAGGCCUCGGUUAGCUUCCAAAAGACGGAAAUUGGAUGAGGCCAAGAGCAGAAGUGAUGUGCAGAACCUUACAGAGGAUACAGAACACAAACCUUGAUAUGGUGAGAACUGCUUGAUAGUAUUCAAGUACCGUAACUCCAUAUUUCUUACAAAAUCAAGUAAUUCAGAUUAAAGUUAGGUCUUAUAUUCUCUACCUUAAGAAGCAUUGUAAUAGUAAUAUCUUGUAUGUUUGCAAAUUAAGGACUAAAUAUGAUGUGUGAGCCAUAUUUACCAUCUUCUGCUGGCUUUUUGUCUCUUUUUUUCUUGGAGAACGUCUGUCAAGAGUAAAGUGGGUAAAUGGAAAUUGCUUUUUGUUA